AUGGCAGUCGAGAGUGGAAAUGGGAUGGGAUGGACCAGGGCACUGCCGAAAGGUGAAUCUGAUGGUUCUGGCAGGGUUAGCGAUCUUUCCGCAGUUCACGAUGCCCGUUGGAGUUGGUGCAAUCCAAGGUUUUCCAUAGCCAUAGGCCGGAAGGAGAUGGGCGAAAAAGGAGACUCACUGACAGACAAAUUUCUGAAUUGGACGGUGUUUCCAGAAGAAAUGCGGUCGAGGCAAGUGAGCAGUGCAGGAGGGCGGAUAGUGGAUGGAAUUGUGAAGAUUCCUUUGUCAAUGCGGGUACGAAGCGAAAGCCCCUUGCCGAUGCCGAUGACAAUGACCACCCCUCGAGACCUUGA